GAGCCCCGGGUCACCCAUGAGGCUGGAGGCCGCAGCCAGGAUGGAUCUGUUCAGGAAGCUGUGGAGAGCGAGGAAGCUGAUCCUUGUGGUGUUCAUUCCGCUGUCCCUGCUUCCCUUACCGCUCAUCCACCCUACCAGUGAGGCGUGUUGUGCUUAUGUGUUGAUGGUGACGGCCGUCUACUGGGUGUCUGAAGCUGUUCCCUUGGGUGCUGCUGCUCUGGUCCCAGCCUUCCUCUACCCGCUCUUUGGUGUACUCAAGUCCAGUGAGGUAGCAGCAGAGUACUGCAAAGACACAACUCUGCUGCUGAUGGGAGUCAUUUGCCUGGCGGCCUCCAUAGAGAAGUGGAACCUUCAUAAACGGAUUGCUUUGAGGAUGGUGAUGAUUGCAGGGGCCAAGCCUGGCAUGUUGGUACUGGGCUUCAUGUGCUGCACCGUAUUUCUCUCCAUGUGGCUCAGCAACACAUCCACCACAGCCAUGGUGAUGCCCAUAGCUGAGGCCGUCCUGCAGCAGCUGAUCUGCACCGGUCUGGCAGACAGUCAUGUCGACUCUGAAACAGCAGAGGUGCCUGAAGAGGACAGUGCUGUGCCAGACAAAGAGGAGAACCUGGACAAGAACCAGCUAGAGCUGCUCUACCGCAACAACUGCAAUGACAACAAUAAGCAGGAGCUCUCCACACUAAGUGACACAAAAACCGCUGAGGUCAACGGUUUGGGUCUCAAGCCCAUCUCAAACCAGGAAUGCAUAAAAAACACCAACGGCCACCUGCCACAGGUUGAGAUUGAAAUCCCAAAUGUAAAGAGGGUGAAGAUGAGAAGAGACUCCCAGUAUCCCACCAAAAGGGAUCACAUGAUCUGUAAAUGCCUGUCACUAAGCAUCACGUAUGCAGCGACCAUCGGAGGACUCAUCACCAUCACCGGCACGUCAACCAACCUCAUCUUUGCUGAACAGUUUAACACCCGUUAUCCAGACGCAAAGGUGAUCAACUUUGGCACAUGGUUCAUCUUCAGCUUCCCCAUCGCCAUCAUCAUGCUGGUUCUCACCUGGCUGUGGCUGCACUUCCUUUUCCUCGGCUGCAACUUCAGAGAAACCUGCUCACUCAGUAAGAAACGCAAAACCAGGAGAGAGAUGCUGUCAGAGAGGAGGAUCCACGAGGAGUACGCAAAGCUGGGACCCAUCAGCUACCCAGAGGUGGUGACAGGUGUUUUCUUCAUCCUGAUGACACUGCUGUGGUUCACCAGAGAGCCUGGCUUUGUGCCCGGCUGGACGUCGCUCUUUGAAAAGAAAGGCUACAGGACUGAUGCAACGGUGUCUGUUCUUCUGGGCUUCCUCCUCUUCCUCAUCCCUGCCAGGCGGCCCUUCUCUUCCUCCUCUUGCUGUAAAAACUCAGAUGAUGAUUCAGAGUCUGACCCACUGGCUCCCAUGAUCACCUGGAAGGACUUCCAGAGACUCAUGCCGUGGGAGAUCGUCAUCCUGGUUGGUGGAGGCUAUGCACUGGCAGCGGGCUGCAAGGUGUCCGGCCUGUCAGUGUGGAUUGGCAGACAGCUGGAGCCCAUGAGUGGUCUUCCUCCCUGGGCGGUCACCCUGCUAGCCUGCCUGCUGGUUUCUGCGGUCACAGAGUUCGCCUCCAACCCAGCAACUCUCACCGUCUUCCUGCCCAUCCUGUCUGCGCUGUCGGAGACUCUGCACAUCAACCCCCUCCACACUUUGAUCCCUUCCACCAUGUGCGUGUCAUUUGGGGUCAUGCUUCCAGUGGGGAACCCCCCCAACGCCAUCGUCUUCAGUUACGGCCACGUGCAGAUCAGGGACAUGGUCAAAGCAGGUUUUGGGGUGAAUCUGAUUGGCGUGGCGGUGGUAAUGUUGGCCAUCACCACCUGGGGGGUUCCACUCUUCAAUCUGACUGAGUUCCCAGCCUGGGCACUGGCCAGGAAUGUCACUGGGAGCUUAUAACUAACAGUGGGCAGGUGCUGGUGGUACAAAGCGGGGAUGAACUCAAAAACAGAUGAGGAAGAGACUGGGCAAGUGUUGCGAUUGCUCAGAAUUAUACUGAUUAAACAGACCUUAAAAGAAGAACAUGGAUGUGGUGAGAAGGAGAAGAAGUGGAGAAACAACCCUCACCAGCUGCUUAGAUAUACUAUUAUAUACUGGCCAUACUGGUGUGUUACAAGGAAUGUUAAACGCCUCUGGCCACUGGAGGACAUUAAACUCCAACUGAAACCUUUAAAAAUCAAGAACUGAUUUAGUUUUUUUGAUUUGUAGUA